AUGUCAGCUUUCGCCCCUGAACUGGAAGAUGAGUUUAUAAAGUCCAUGAAAGGCAACAAUAUAAAUCCUCACCGAAUUCAUAUCCCAAGUCAAGCAAAAGCGAGCCGAAUAGUGCUGAACGAGCAGGAGAAAUACGGGCCAGAUGAGAAGCUUGUGCUUUUCGGAACUGGCCUGCAUAUUCUGUUUAAGAAGAUUCGCAUGGUGAAAGAGGCCAACUAUAACCGAUUCGUGACGAAUAGUAUCAAUGUGUUAGGAGGAAAGCUGGGGAUGCCUCAUGAAAUGUUAGCUCGGCUCAAAUUCCCACUAACUCAUAAGCAGGCUGGUGCAGUGGUAGGAGUGUUUUAUAUAUUGCUUCGAAGGACUGAAGGCUAA